AUGGUUCUACAUCCAAUACUUGUCCGAUGCCCAAAGAGGAGAAGAAAUCAAGAGGAUUUUCGCUUAUUCCGUAACUCUGAGUAUAAGAGAAAUUAUGUGUGGCAUCAACAAUACAAACCUCUGGCACAAGAAGUUGUUAGUGUUGCUCCGCAGGCAGCUAUCAAAGAGAUUGGAUUACAAAGAAGAAAGCAGUACCCUGAUCUUGCUCAUCGGAGUCAUGAAGUAUUUCGUCAUGAUGUUGGACAACAUUUAAAAGAUGUUGAUACCAGAGCUAGAAGUGAAGAGCGGGAUGCUGGUUUACUUUCAAAAUCAGGUCCACGUAGUCGUUCUGCUGAACCUGGCAUGAACCAUCAGCAGCAGAAAUCAAUCAUGGUGCAGAGUUUUCCUCCUAUUACAUCUGGACGUGUGUCUAAGCUUCCCAAAACAGAAGAAUUUCCAAAUGUUUCUGAAGAGCCAUGUGAGACUAGUGAAUAUAAAGCAAAAUUUGCUUGGCCUCGAAAAAAUGAUGAUCAGGUGCCAUGUAUGGCUAGAAAAUCUGUUUCUAUGAAUGUAAUUAAAAGUUCUGAAGAUGCAGUGGAUUCUUUGCACAAAUCAAAAUUAGCUCCUGUUCAUAGACCAUGUGUGGUGCAUAGAGAAUUAACUAGUUCAGAAAAGCCUCCUGAUGGUAAAAAGAAGAUCAAAACAGAAUAUAAAGCAAAAUAUAAACCUUUUACUUCUUAUGUAUAUGUGGAUGGAGAAUGGAAGAAGACAUCUAGACUUAUGAAGGUACCUGAAAAAGUAGCUAUAGAUCAUGCUGAACCUUGGAUUGUUGAAGUUGCUGAAAGAUUACAGAAGGCUAAUGAGUAUCGCUGUAGAGGCCAUGGUCAUACUAUAUAUGGUGACGAAUUAGCUGAUAAUUACAAGCAGCUCUGUGAUCCUUCAGUUCGACCAAAGAGAGAACCUGUUGAAAUUCAGCUUAUUAAACCAAAGUGUCACCAAACCACUUCAAAAAAGGGCGAGACUAAGAAAAAAGAAGUUCAUACUGAUAUUUCAGGAGAAAAGAAACAUGAAAAGGAACCAAAAAAACAAACACUAAGGAGACCAAAAUCUGCAGAACCAGCUAAGGCUAAAGAAACUGUGAAAUACAAGCGUCCUGCAACAACGCCUCCAGCAAAGUCUAGUUCUCACUCACUGCCAUUUAAAAAAAGAAUGCCUAAACUUGAUGAAGUUGAAAAAAUUCCAAAAGCUAAAAUUGGGAAGAAACAAAAGGAUGAUGCUACAAAACCAACAUCUGCUUCCAAGAAAACUCAACAAUCCCCUUCCCUUAGCAGUGGGGGGAAGGUCUGGCUGCAGGCCGGUCAACCAACUUCAACAACUACAGAGAAAGAUGAUUUCCCUGUAAAAGAGCACUCGGAUGCUGUGAGGCCUUCCUCUUUGUCACCAAUUCCAUCAGCUUCUUUAUCCAAGCAAGAACCUCAAAAUGUUUCCGAUAAUGCUGAAACCACUAAAGUAAAUGAACAAGAACCAUUAGAUGAAGUUAAACCUGUUGUGCCACAAUCCUCUGUUGUUCCUUUGACCCAUGUCCGAACUCCUGAAGAGGUGACCGGUGUUAAGAGCCCUGAUCCUGAAAACUGGACAGUUCCAAUUGAAAGCAGUGAACGCCUAGAAUGGAGUGGAGUUAAUACAUCUGAAGCACCUUUAAAAAUAAAAACUCCAGAAGAAGUAAGUGAGAAGUUGUCAAAAAUGAAUAUUUCUGAUGAACCAGUGCCUAAUGUAGCAGAACCACAAGAAGGUAGUAGCACUUCAAGCUCUGGUAAAUUAACAUCUGCUAAUGUUUUAGACAGAGCCCGAAGCAGACUUGAUCAAUUUUGGGGAAAAAAUAAGUGAUUGAUAGUUUUGAAUAUAUAAAAUAAAUUAAUU